AUGACAAGCCCGCCAAAAGAACGUCUAUACAAGACGAUACCCAGGAAUAUCGUGUAUUCUCGUUGGCUUGUCACGCAAGCUGUGGUGUUACCAGAUAUCGACAUUGAGAUCCCUGACGAUCGAUCGGUGGCUCCCUCUGUGCAUACUCAAGUGCAAAGGCUUUUGGCAACACAUGGUGGUCUUGAUCGUAUUAUUUCGCGUUCUACUUCGCCAUCAGGGAAGGUGACCUUUAACGUAAAAUGGAAGGAUGGUGCCGAGACACAGGAACGUGCCCAUAUAUUGCAUGAGAUCGAUGCUACGGCUUUGGAGGCAUAUCAACAUCAAAAGAUAUCAGCACAAGAUGGUGGUUCUUCUGAAAACGACAAUGCAUUAAUUCUUUCAACCAACAACGUUGUCGAUCAUGACUCGGAUAGCUCCUACAAUGAUAAUGGUGAAGCGUCAUCCACGUCAAAACGAUCCUCAGCACCACCACCACCAACCGUACCCUUUUACAAUUCAGAUACCCUAUCAUCGCAUUCCCUUCAUUGCUCACAAUGCAAAAAGCAAGGUUACCCCAAUGAACCAGAACGACCACGUCGAUCUACAUCAGCAGAGGAGGAAGAGGAUCAGGGAUGGCUCCUUUUAUGUACCACAUGCUCGGCAGCUACGCAUGAAAAAUGCUGUUCAUCAGAUCAAUUGAUACAACGCGCUACGAAUGGCGAGUCCCUAGUCGAGUUCCGAUGUAGCGAUUGCUUCAACCAUGAUAAUGCAACAUGCAACACAUGUCAGACCACACGUGAUGAUGAUGAUGAUGAUCAAUUCUGCUGCUUAUUUCGAUGCUCAAAGUGCAAACGUUGUUUCCAUUUCGAUUGUCUUUCAAGAGUUCCUGAUGAUGAAGAAGAGACACGUACGACUUGCAUGCAACAUCAACAAUGUCCACAAUGUAUUGAUUUUACGGGAGAAGCUGAAAAGAUACUUGCAUGGCGCUUAGCUGAUCCACAACAACGACGGCAGGCCGGGAAUAGGCCUCUUAAAGAAGUCACUUUGACGCGCAAGGAGUUUCUUGUCAAGUGGUUGGAUAUGUCUUAUCGGCAUGUGGCAUGGCUACCAGAGGAUUGGCUCAUGGCAACUCACGAGACAUUGCACGAAGGUUAUUUGCGUCAGCAUGCGGAUGAUUUUCCUUUAUUAUGCAACGGGGAAUCGGUACCCAUACAGUGGAUGACAAUUACGCGGAUCAUGGAUGUUCAAGAUGCAGAUGGGAAUAAGGUACAAGCGGGUUCAUCCAAUAGCGUUCAUCGCGUCUUUGCGCAGUUUGGUGGACCUGCUGAUGAUCAAGCGUAUUGGGAUACACCACCAUCACCCAAGGAUUCGAAUCUUUAUUCUGCAUACAUCGAUGCUCUUGAUCGAUAUUGGCAGCAGCAGCAACAACAACAACAAGACACAUCAUCCAGUCAUGAGGAAGAGCAAGAGCCUCUCGCAGCAUCUGAAGACCCUAGUAGCAGCGUGAAUCAACAACAACAACAACAACAACAACCAGCUUACAUUAGCGGAGGCACAUUAAUGUCUCAUCAAUUGGAGGGAUUAAAAUGGCUACUCUACAAAUGGGAUCUACGACAAUCUUGUGUAUUAGCGGACGAUAAGGGUCUUGGCAAAACAACCCAAGUGGUGUCGUUCCUGAACCAUAUCUUGACCGAGCUGGACGUUCAUCCUUUCCUGGUGGUGACUCCCAGCAAAAGCCAUGUUGAACACUGGAUCCGUGAAUUGAAGAAAUGGUCACCCGCUAUGAUCGCCCUGCCCUAUUGUCUAUCAGAAGUAACUCAACAACUGGAAUUGGAUCUCAAGAGUCUCCAGAAUAAGGAACGUUGCACAAAGGAACCCAAAUGCCAUGUUGUUAUUGCCACACACGAUGCCUUGUUAUCCAAUAUGGGGAUCUUUAAAGAUAUUGAAUUUGCCGUAUUAGUCGUCGACCAAGCACACCAAGUGACCUCUUCAUUGUACCGUGAAUUGCGAAACCUUCACUAUUUUCGUAGCAUCCUCAUGGCAGACACGCUUAGAGAAAAGGGUGCGAGUGGUCUUGCCGAGAUCAUGCAUUUCAUUGACCCCAUACGAUUCCGCAGUGUUCGUGGCCCGCAAAGAUUCUAUGGAUUCGCCUCACAAGAUCCGUUGCAGAUUCUCCUUGAACAAUUUCAGCCUUAUUACCUUCGUCGUACAAAGGAGCUGUUUUUGCAAACAUUGCCGCCCAAAUCCGAGCUUAUUGUUCCUGUCACAAUGACAUCAUUCCAGCGACAGGUCUGUCAAAUGAUUCUCGAGGACCAUGUUGUCAAGUAUACGCUUGCGGGUAGUAGUAAUCAGAGCACAAGUCAUCUUCACAAUGCUCUGAUGCUCUUGCGUGAUACGCUGAAUCAUCCAUGUCUGAUCCCUCUGAUGGUGUCUCAUGAUACCACGCCAAAGAAUCAUCCUUGCCAUAUGCCGGGUAUCGAUGCCGAUCAAGAAACCCAACAGGCUUUUAUUCAUGCAUCUCCCAAGCUCACGUUGUUUCACCAAAUGCUUCCAAAACUUCUCGAGAACAAUCAUCGGGUACUUGUGUUAUCAGCAUACAAAUCGACAUUGGACAUUUUGGAACGAUACUUUUCAUUCAACAACAAGAACAACAUUGAGUAUUUACGUAUGGAUGAGGAGACACCGAUUCAUGACCGGAUCAAACGAGUGGAUGCAUUCAACAGCAACGAAUCGACUGCAAACGUGUUCUUGAUGACGACGAUUUGCGCGAGGUUCAAUAUGAUGACGGCGGACACUUUGAUUCUAUGGGAUAUGGAUCAUGAUCCUCAUGUAAUGAUGCGAGCGGUGGACCAUGUUUAUUGUAUUGGACAAGCAAAGCCUGUGGCUGUAUUCAAGUUUAUGAUGCGCUCUACAGCGGAAGAAAAGAUUGCAUUGAUCGCCAAACGAAACUUUGUUCUCGGCAAAAUGGAUGAUGAUACGGGGAUACUACUACAAGAGCAGGAAAUCAAGCAUAUCCUAAAGUUUGGUGUGGCAGGCCUGUUUGAAGAUGACCAUGCGUCCAAAGCCAUUCACUAUGAUGAUCAUGCUAUUGACAAGCUCCUUGAUCGAAGCGACCUUGUAGACGAGCCAAUGUCCGAUAAUCAAGCAAUGAAUGAUUUUUCCUUGGCGCUAUCACACAUCAAUCCACGCUCAUCCAUGUUUGCAAAAGUCUGGCAAAUGGACACUAGAGGCAAUGUUAUCAAGGAGGAAUUGACGGAGGGGAAUACGAGACGCGAUGAUGCCUUUUGGGAACGGCUUGUACUUGAGAAAAGGAAGCAAAUGGAUGGAGAAGAACAGCCACAGGAACAACAACAACCAAGAAAUGGAAUUCUCAAACGAAAGGAUCACAUGGAACCAUCAUCCUCAUCAUCAUCAUCAUCUGAAGACAAACCAGCCAACAAGAAACCAAAGCCGACGCUUCAUGCUGAACGACAACAGCAGCAACUUGUAUCACCACCAUCCUCAUCAUCAUCAAAAGGCACCAACGCCGUCUUUCAUCCACAUCAUCGACCCACACUUGGUAUCAACAAGUAUCCAUUGGAAACACAAAAACAACAAAAACAACAACCCAAGGUGACCGUUGUAAGUAAGCAACUCAAAGCCCUCAACAGCCGAAUGGGCAAAAGGAACACCCCUCCACCCCUCCGCCGACCACCCACACGACCACAAGAGAGUGAUAAAGGUGAUGGCUUUCAUAGUGCGGCUCUCUUAGUUCGACGAUUGAACUACCGGUUGCAAGGUCUUCCUGCUUUAACUUCAAGAGUGGAAAGGACGGCCCAUGGUGCUGGUGCUGCUACUCAAAACAAAAAGGAUGUAAAUGCUGCCAAACGCUUACACGACCUAAGGACAAAAUUACAACCCGAUCUGUAA